UGUCUGCGGUAAAUCAUCAUAUAUAUGUCAUAAGUAAAAUAUAAUUUGAAGCUCCGAUACUUUUUUCUCGCAGUUUUAUCUUGUUGCCAAUGCUUUUAUGAAUUUUGCCUUCUUCUCUGUUUUUUCAUAAUUGCUUCUAAUUUGAGUAAGCAUUUGAGUUAGGCAGCUUCAGUGGCAAGGUGUUUUCAUCGAAAAUGACUCGAGUUA